UAUUUUCUUGGAUAGUGUUGACAAUGUUGUGCUUCUCGUGAUUUUUCGAAAGGCAUAAAGAAGUGCAGACCUAUUUGCUAUGACUAACGUACACAAUAACAUAAUGCACAUGUAAGAAUCACUGUCAGCCGGACUGUAUUCUUCAGCACUGCUGCCACUUCUGUUGCUACAGCCAUCACAGAGAUUAGACAUGGCUCAUGAUUUCCUCCCAGGCAUGGAGAGCUCUGCUAUCUCUGUCCUGAAGAGAGCUGUGGAGCUCGAUCAUAGCUCACGCUUUCAGGAGGCUCUGGUGUGCUACCAGGAAGGGAUCCAGCUCCUGUUGGAUGCCCUCAAAGCUGUUAAAGAUGACUCAAAGAAGGUCCACUACAGAGAGAAGAUCAAGGGCUACAUGGACCGAGCGGAACAGAUCAAAGACCAUGCGAACAAACUGAAAGAGGAGGGCAAAUACCAUGAGCAGAUAAAGAUAGCUGACAGUUCCACUGGUUUCAGCUAUGAAUCCCUCUUUAAACCAUACAUCAGAGACGGACUGACUGAAGUCUGGGUGGAGGACCCCUAUGUACGGCAUGUCCAUCAGUUCUAUAACUUUCUUCGUUUCUGUGAAAUGCUGCUGAAAUCUCCAUGUCAAGUAAAGACGAUUCAUCUUCUGACCUCACUGGAUGAGGACCGCUCCGCUCCGCAAACCAGUGCCCUGGCAGAAAUAAAGCAGUCGCUACAGUGUCAAAAUAUCUGUCUAGAUAUUCAGUACUCAUCUACUAUUCAUGACAGGGAGAUCAGGUUUAAUAAUGGUUGGAUAAUUAAGAUCGGCAGGGGACUCGACUAUUUCAAGAAACCAAAGGGUCGCUUCUCUGUAGGAUACUGUGAUUAUGAUUUGAGAGAGUGUCAUGAGACCACUGUGGACGUUUUUCAUACUAAACACACUAAGAAGACUUCAUCUUAAAACGCUUGCCUCUAAAGCUUCUCCACUGUCUGCCAUAUUUAUGGGACUUAAUUUCAAAUGCAGUCCACACACACCUACCUGCACGACUGGAAAUGUGCCUUUCCAUCCCAUUUUGAGCUUUUUAAUUAUGCGGAAGAACUGUUUUUAUUGUCUUUUUUA